AUGCUUCCCGGCGGUGUGUGCGCGGUCUUGGACUAUGAAGUUUCCCAGAUGACCGACUAUGUUGCGGAAAUGGCCCAGCGACUAUGCAACCCUGGUUCGCCAGUGACUCCGGCUUUUCGCAAGUUCGUCUCCGGCCUGCUCUCCUCCACCAGGCUCCCGAGCACCACUAUUCUCCUGGGCAUGAACUACCUCGCUAGACGGAUGAACAUGCUCAACGGCGUCGCGCCGUACAAGGCCAGUGACGGCCAGGUCUGGCGUAUGCUCACCAUUGGACUUCUUCUCGGAAGCAAGUUCUUGGAUGACAACACCUUUCAGAAUCGGUCGUGGUCCGAAGUGAGCGGCAUCUCGGUGGCAGAGCUCAACACCUUGGAGCAUGAAUGGCUGGAGGCGAUGACCUGGAAUUUGUACGUCAAUCUCGACGAGAGCAAGGACUUCAAGGCAUGGCUGCAGAGCUGGAAUGACUGGCGCGAAGCCAAGAACAUCGAGCGCACUGCCACUCUCGACCGCCUUGCUCCUCUUGCGCCGAUCGAUACCAACGUCCAGAGGAACCGUCCAUACUCGCAAGCUUAUAACAGCUACACCAAGACCCCUGCUCGAGAGCAUCCUCAGGCUGGCUUCCAACCCGCCUACGACCAAAACUCCUGGAUGCAUUCAUAUCCUACGCCUCACCUCACCCCUCCUUCUGCGCCUGACUCUGGUAUUAAUACCCCGGAGUACAUGGGUGCGCCUGGUGGAGGUGGUCGUUACACUGAUUGGGCUUUGUUCAACCAGUUCUCAAGAUAUCAGCAGAACCACGCGUCAUACGUGCCCACUCGUGUUGCGGCCUACCACACGCCAUUCGCGAACCAUUAUGGUCAUCAAUACGGGGCAAAUAUCUGGGACCACACGGCUGCUGACUGCGCCUGUGGAACUUGCAGUUCCCACGUCAAGCAACCAUACUUCAUGGGUCAUGGAUAUGGUGCCCAGCAAGUUGUCGCUUGA